GGAUUCUACUCAAUGCUCUUCACCAAAAUUUGUUUAUCGACAUUGGUGUCAAGUCCCAGGAAUGGAAUUGCUAAGUUUGGUCGAAAAACUUCGUAGGCUCAAGAGUCGGACAGGAAGUGAAAUUACCAAAGAGACAAAAUCGCUUCCAGAGAUUACCGAGAAGACCGAUCAUGGUCGUAAAUCGACACAUCCACGUUCAGAUGUCAGCCAGGCAAGAUUUCGUCGCACACCUUGGGCUGAGAAGCGGGCAUUAGUUUUGACCGCCGAUGAGACAACCUGGCCUGCUUGUUUGUUUAUCCUGGACCUUCUCAUGAAACAGAUUAUAAAACUUGAGAAGCAAGAAGAUCAUCGCACAACGACGAGCAAAGCAUCGCCUCUCAUGAAAUCCUUUACUAGCGAUAACGACGAUUUUCGAUUCCACCAUUACUUUGAUUUGGUGGGUGGUACGUCGACUGGAGGGCUUUUAGCCAUCAUGCUAGGACGCUUGCGACUCUCUCUGGAAGAAGUCUCCAAGGAGAUGUCGGAGGUGCUUGAACCAUUCGAUUCAAAAUCAUCAAGCCGCCAGGAUCGCGCUCGCCAGAUUCGUGCAAAGCUGAACGACAGGAUGAAAUCUGAAACGCUGAAGCCUCCACUUCAAUCUUGCAUUCCGCUCCAGGACGUAUGCCGGGAGAACGCUUCGCAGUUUGCGUCAAUACCUGGAAUGUGUCAAACAUUGGUGUUUGGGGCUCGAAGUACCUCUCCUUCGAAAGUCUUUAUCUUGAGAUCUUACCGCCAGCCAGCAUCCACGAACCAAGGUCACAAACACUUGGAUGAGAACAAACAUUUGCUUCCACUUGUUGACGUCUGUCGUGUUUCAGUAGCCAAUCCGAGCUACAAGGAAUACGUCAACGUUCAUCUUGACGCCACAAAAUCAGCAGAAGGCAUGACCGGGACUCCCACCAAAGAAUUCGAUUAUCAUCCGCUGAUCGAGGAGGAGAUAAAGCUUUUGCACGGUGAAACGAGCUUCUUACAAUACCUUUUUGAGAUAGGCAGUCAACCAAAGAAGCCCGCAUCUCGAUGGCUGCCUUGCUUGCCGUUCGAACGAGCUCGAUCAGUUGAUCACUUCUUGGAAGCCAAGGGCGAUGUGUCUGCAGAAGGUCGACAACAUCUUCGCAUAAGCGGUUUAAAGAAACUUGCCAAUUGUCUCAGAAACCAAUCCAGGGCCGAGGCUGAGAGAUACUGCUUGGAUCAAGGUCUGGGUGAUAAAUUGGAAAGUUGCGCGCAAUCAUUGGUCAAAGCCCGUCGAGCUCGUGCGAGCACUUUCAACUGGGAAACAUUCGCCUUUACGGACAGAUAUAUGUGCUCAGUAUGCCGCAAGGAGGGCCUCGGUCCUGAAAUACUCGAUGAACCGGCAUUUUUUGACCAUGUUGACUUCGUUCACGACUUUUACGAUCUGGAACCGCCGGAGAUGUUCAAGAUUCAAGAAGAAAGUUGGAUGAAAUUCUAGUUUAUGCUCAAUACUCUUCAGCCCGCACGACCUGUUCAUCUUUGCACGCUGGUCAGAAAAAGAAGAGAAAAAAGGUAACAAGCAGCCAAUUGCUCUUGCAGUGAGCAGACUAUAAACAGAACAUGGACAUGAAGAUAUAUUCAGGUGUUGUUUAGAGAAAGAGAGCUCAGCACAAAUUCAGUGUCUCUAUCAGGCGUCAGCGAUCACUGGCACGUCAAACAUGCUGGCUUGGGUCACUCACCCGGGCUGGGGACAGGGACAAUGGUUCGAAAGACACCCGAAGACUCUGUAGGCAUCUCUCAAUGGAUGAUGGUUGUCUUGUUCAGCCGACAUCAUGUCCAUGAUUGCUCCUAAGAAUUGGUUGACAUAGUCAGGAACGGAUUUGAUGACUUCUCUCAACUGAUCCGGGAGCUUUUCUGGGGAACCUGUUGCUGUCGCUCGGAGAACUUCGACCCACUCUUGGAUCUUGCCGUCGCGCAGUGCC